AUGGAAAAUAAGCGUAAAUUAAAUGCCCUUACAAUUUCGGACAAAGUUCGUUUAAUACGGUUAGUUGUAAAAGGUGACCGUAAAAGAUGUGAAAUCGCCAAAGAGUACGAUAUUCCACUAAAUACAUUAUCGUCAAUUAUGAAACAAAAAGAUAAAUUGUUGAUGUACAAUAGUGGAAAUAUGAAAAAAAUGAGGACCACUCCUUUUUUGGACAUCGAUAAAUGCCUAUUAAAAUGGUUUACUCAGUUACAGCAUAAAAGCAUACCAGUAAGUGGAACAAUUUUACUUAAAAAAGCUUACGAAUAUGCACAACGAUUAGGACACACUAAUUUUAAAGCUAGUAGUGGUUGGUUUACAAAUUGGAAGAAAAGACAUGAUAUAGUUUUACAAAAAGUUUGUGGGGAAAGUGCUUCAGCAGACAAACAUUGUUGUUCAAAUUAGAUUAGAAAUCUCCCAGACAUUUUAGCAGGUUUUUCUCCUAAUGAUAUUUUUAACAUUAAUGAAACGGGCCUGCUUUUCAAAUGUUUACCGGAUAAAACAUUAAUGUUUAAAGGUAAAAAUUGUUCGGAUAGAAAAUAUGGUAAAGAGCGCAUUACAAUUAUGGUAGGAGCAAAUAUGUCUGGAACUGAAAAACUCAAACUGUUGGUCGUUGGUAAAACAACAAAGCCCAAGUGUUUGAAAGGAAUUAAAUCUUUACCAAUCGACUAUAAAUCAAAUAAAAAGGCUUGGAUGACUUCGUCGAUAUUUAGUGAGUGGCUUUUACAUUUUGACAGAAAAAUGAAACUAGAAAAUCGAAAAAUUCUACUGUUCGUAGAUAACAGUACAGGUCAUAGUUAUGAUAUUGAAUUAAGUUCCGUCAAGGUACAUUUUUUAUCACCGAAUAAAACAUCUAUACUUCAGCCAAUGGACCAAGGCGUUAUACAGAAUUUCAAAAUGUUUUGUAGAAAACAAAUAAUCAUACGGUUAGCCGAUAAUAUCGAUAAUAAUGAAUCGUUUUCUUUAAACAUACUCGAAGCAAUAAGAAUGUCUGAUAAAGCGUGGAGAAGUGUAACGCCACAGACUAUAAUGAAUUGCUUUAUAAAGGCCAGUUUUAAAGACGGUGUUGUAAUUCCAACAGGUAACUCAAAUAUUCCUGAUGAUAAAUGAAAUUUCGUUGCCGAUCAUCUUAAUUUAGACGACAGAAUUUUUUCACAUUAUGUGUAAAUGCACAACGAUGUAUCUGUGUGUGGAACAUGGACAGAUGACGAAAUUUUAUCAGAAAUCAUCGAAAAUCCCAGCGAGAGUGAAGACGAACUACAAAGGGAAGAGGAAGUCGCUGUAGUUACAAUUCAACAAGCUAAACACGCUUUAAGAACAUUGAGACAUUUUGUCGAGACCACUGCAAGUAUGGAAGAUGGCGCUUUUUCUGCAUUGUCCAAAUUAGAAGAUCUCGUAGAAGAUAGAAGUAAUAAAAAACAAACUGUGAUGACGGAUUUAAAAACAAAAAUAUGA